AUGCGCUUCUUCACAUUUCUCCCGGCGCUUGCUCCACUGUGCGGGCUUGCUGCUUCCGCGGCGGUAUCUGCGGCAGGUAGCGGUGUCCAGAAGUUGUUCGAGCGCAGCCAGCUUGCUCUCCAGGCCCCAAAGCUUCACCGCGCGCCCGAAGGCCAUAUCCAGCGGAAGCGUGACGCUGAGCAGAUGUUCACCUUUGGUGGAUACGCAUCGAAUCUGACGGGCGACGGCAACUAUCUGAAGUUGGAGGAACCCAUCGAGGCCAACGGCCAUCCGCACCCGUGGUGCCAGGGCUUUGAGGGAUCCAACGGGUACACCGAGGGACAGGAGCCCACCAUCCAUUACGUGCACAUGGACAAGGCAAAGAAUGAGUCCGAUCCUCCUGGCAUUCCUCAGUACAUCUGCUGGUUCUACAAUGACUUUGACUGUGACCCAACUAAGGGGGCCGUAGGGUCAUUCAAAUUUACGCACACACACUUGACCGACUUGGAUAAGAAGGAUAAGAACGGUGAUGAUUCUAAUACGAAUCGUGACUUCCCGCUCAUGUCAGGCGGAGCUAAUCGCUUUGAGUGGAUCAAGGCAUACGGCUGCAUGUUCUACGUUGACAACCCCUCCGCCAAUGAAGACUCCGGCAAUGAUGUUGGCCAAGCUGGAAUUGCGCAAGACGGUACUACUGGGACUGAGCUUUCUGCUGCAGAGCUGGAAGCUGGUCAAAUGAUAAGGGCAUUGGCAAAGUGA